UAUCUUCAAAGCUAAAACCUUUUGUUUUGAAGAACAGUCAGAAAUGGCGAUACUACCAGCUCCUCUCCUCCAUAACCCUCUUCCUUAUCUCCUCUCCAUUCCUCCAAAGUCCUCUCCUUUUCUCCUCUCCACACCUCCCAACGCCAUUUCCUUUUCCAGCACCGGUUUUCCCCGCCACCAUCUCAAACUGCGCCGGACUUGUUCUAUCAAUGCAGCCAUUACUGAAGAAGACCUCGAAUUUGGAGCUGUUAACAUCGCUGAAGACGUAACCCAGUUGAUUGGAAGAACUCCUAUGGUUUACCUCAACAGAGUUGCAGAAGGCUGUGUUGCAAAUGUUGCUGCCAAACUUGAAUCUAUGGAACCAUGCCGAAGUGUUAAGGAUAGAAUUGGUUAUAGCAUGAUAUCUAGUGCUGAAGAAAGUGGAGCAAUAUCGCCAGGGAAGAGCAUAUUAGUUGAGCCCACUAGUGGAAAUACUGGAAUCGGUAUUGCUUUUAUUGCAGCAACUAAAGGCUACAAACUUAUAGUCACAAUGCCCGCGUCCAUAAAUAUAGAGAGGAGAAUCUUAUUGCGUGCGUUUGGAGCAGAAAUUGUUUUGACAGACCCGGAGAAAGGCCUUAAAGGUGCUGUUGAUAAAGCUGAAGAAAUCGUCCUUAGAACACCAAAUUCGUAUAUGUUUCAACAGUUUGAUAAUAUUGCAAAUUCAGAGAUUCACUUCGAAACCACAGGGCCUGAAAUUUGGGAGGACACCUUGGGGAAUGUUGAUAUCUUAGUUGCAUCCAUUGGAACUGGUGGUACUAUUACAGGCACGGGGCGAUACCUCAAAAUGAUGAACAAAGAAAUACAGGUAGUUGGUGUAGAGCCAGCUGAAAGAAGUGUCAUAUCGGGUGAAAAUCAAGGUUAUCUCCCAAGCAUUUUGGAUAUAAAUUUGCUUGAUGAGGUUAUGAAGAUUACCAAUGAUGAAGCUGUUCAAAUGGCGAGGAAGUUAGCUUUGGAGGACGGUUUACUGGUUGGUAUUUCUUCAGGAGCAGCUGCAGCUGCUGCAUUGAAUUUAGCAAGAAGAUCUGAGAAUGCCGGGAAACUUAUUGCGGUUAUAUUUCCAAGCUUUGGAGAGAGAUACAUUCCAACAGUUCUUUUCCAAUCCAUAUAUGAUGAGGUCCAGAAAAUGUGACAAAAGAGAGUUUGAAUCUAUUCAGCUUCCAAAAUAUUGAGUUCAUCUCAUACUUAUAUAAAUCAAAAGCAACAGUCCAAUUGUUCUUAUAGAUGUAGAACAUCUUGUAGCAUGCUGAUGUCACAGCUAAAGGAUCAUAAUCAUAUCUAAAGGUGUAUAAUUGUUCUCAAGGAGAUAUAUUGCUGAGAAGUUUUGAUAGAAAUUUAUUCAUUUAGUUUUAUUUUAUUGACUAAGGAAUUCAGAAAAUUUUGAUAGAUACUUCUAACCCAUGUAAAUCAAUUUAUUCAUUUUAUUUGUAAUGCCAUCUUCAUUAUAUGAAGACAUUUUUCAUUUCUUUACCAAA